CGACUUUUCGACGUUUGCGCCAGACUCAGCCUGUGCUUGCGCCCUUCUCCUGCCCCUUUGCUUUGCAUACAACAUCCCCUCCCGUCCCAACGAAGCCCGCGAGAAUUCUUUCUCUUCAUCCAUCGCACUCUUUUUCAUUUUCCGACCCAGAAUCACGAGCCAAACACAAAGACCAACCAGCGCCCAGAAUUAGCUGUCGAGUGAGAGAAGAAGAAAAAAACGAGACGAAACCUAGACCCACCGACUCGACGUUGAGAAACGAAGCACAAAACCGCCACUCAGCCCACAACGCAAUACACAGCCAUUCCGCCAGCCAUUCCGCCAGCCAUUCCGCCAGCCAUGGCUGCCUCAGAAUAUGCGUCCAUGAAGGUGCCCGAGCUCAAGAAGCUCCUGGGUGAGCGCAGCCUCGUGCAGAGCGGGAACAAGGCCGACCUCAUCGCGCGCCUGCAAGAGCAUGACACCGCUCAGCAGGCGAGCAAACCAGCAGCCGCAGAAGCCGACGACGUGAUUAGCUGGGACGACGAGGAAGACGCCAACACGGCUUCCGCAAAGCCCAAGGACGCCGGGGGCGCCGCCCCUGCCGCAGCACCGGCCCCCGCCGCUCCCAAGUCCCCUGCCAAGCCUGUCGCUGCCGCUGCCGUCGCUCCCGAGGCCGCAGACGCCCCUGCUGCACCUGCUACUACACCCGCCGCCGCCGCGGAGGCCGACCCCAAGCCCGCCUCAACAGACGCCGCCACACCAGCCGCCGCUACCGCCAGUGAGCCGGCGCCCAAGGACGACGCGGCGCCAAAGGAGAUCCUGAGCCAGAACCUGCCCGCCACCUCGGUCGAGGCCGAGGCCGCCAAGCGCGCUGCCCGCGCCAAGCGUUUCGGCGUGGUGGACGCGGCCCCCGCCGCCUCCCCCGCCGGCGACGACGCCGAGUCAAAGGACAAACCGGACGAGGAGAAGAAGGCGGAGCGCGAGCGACGCUUCGGCGCCGCCGCGGACAAGGCACCCGACGCCAGCAAGCUCGACUCGGCUCUGCCCGACCGCCCGCUCAAGCGCGGCCGCGGCCGCGGCGAGGACGGUGACCGCGAGGGUGGCGCGCGCGAGGGCGGGCGUGGGAGGAACAAGCGCCACCAGGGCGGCGGCGGCGGCGGCGGCGGUGGUGGUGGUGGUGGCAACCGCAGGAGUGAGCGUAGGGGAGGUGGUGGCGGUAGCGACAGGCGCGGCAGCAAUGAGCGCCGGAAUGGCGGCGGUGCCGGCGGCGGUGGUGGUGGGUUGAGCGCCGAGGACAAGCGUAGGGCUGAGGCGAGGGCGAAGCGGUUCGGCGCUGCCAACUAGUAGUCAGGCCAUGUGCUUCGCCGCUCGUCCCGUCUCUUCUUUCUUCCUUCUGCUGGAUCAUGCUCAUCUCUUUACAUCCUUGUCUCCCUCCGACCACCUUGUCCCACAGGUGAGAGGACUACGUCUAGGGUCUCUUUCUCUGUCUCUUUUUUUUCUUUUUUUUUUUCUUUUCUUUGCAUCUUUUGUGGUUUUUUGACCUGGUACAUCGGCUCCUAAUAGAGUAUACCGGGAGGGGAAGGAGGGAAGCGCGGCCGAUAUCUAUUAUUUCUUUCUUCUGUAAAACAUGGUAGAACGGUCGUCAUUUUUAUUAAUGUUUGGCAUGAAAAUCGUCCUCUGUCCCCCGCGCUAGUUGAAACAAAACGGGCAUUCUUAUGUGAUUAGGUACUCGUUCACAGGCAGAUACGAAGGCAAGAUAACCAGCUAUGACAGCCCGGGAUACGUUUCUUGCUAGGUAGCCAUGGACAACAAAAGACAGAAAUAUCUCGUGUUGCC